AUGAUGGACCUUAAGGCGGCGACGAAGAGGCAAGCUGAUAUUGCAACAUGGGUCUUGUGGGACCUAAGCAGGUGUCCUGUUCCCUCCGACGUUGAUGCUCGUCGUGUGGGUCCGUUUAUAAGACGGGCAUUGAAGAGUUUAGGUUACAACGGUAAUCUCACCAUCACCGCCAUUGGCAUACUAUCACAAGUCCCUAUUGACGUCCUUCGAGCCCUCUCUUCCACUGGGAUCAACCUUCAUCACGUCCCCACCAUGUAUAACAAAUCUAUUAUGACUAGUGUGUACAUGUGGAAGUCGGAUAAUUCGCCUCCGGCUAAUGUCAUGCUCAUAUCCCUUCAGAGGAUCUUCGGUCAGUUUAUUGCCGAUCUAUCGGAGAAAUACUACGUUCUUGGCUCAAAAGUUCCAUAUGAUCGUCAACUAGAGCCCACCGUCUUCGCUAGGCGUGCAGGGUGCUUCCUCUGGGAAAGCUUACUCGCGAGCUUACGUGCAGAGGCCAAGAAGGAGUGCAGUGGAACAACGGGUAAAACUACAUUUUAUUGCUCAGGAUGCUGUCUUGGUCUCUUAGGCUUUGAAAGUUUCACCAAGCAUAUCCUCAGUAAAGAACAUGCACUUGAAGAGUUGGAUUAUUACCCUGGAGGAGUUGAGGCUGGCAAUGAAUCUCGUGCUCGCAAGGAGGAUGCUGCUGCCAUUCUAGUAAGGCUACAAGGUUUUAGAGAGGCCAGAAGACUUGAAGAAGAAGAAGAAGAAGCCAAGUACAAAAAAGAAAGACUUGAAGAUCCUUAUUAUGAUGAAGAAUAUGACUAUGAAGCAGAAGCAGAGUAG